CCCUGUUGCAAGAAACGGAGACAGACAGAUAAACAGCCAGACAAGCAUUUUUGAGUAGAGUAUCAUCAAGCAGGACUCUUGAUGUUUUCAUAUAGCUGCGCCCGAGAGCCUGGAUAAUGAGUGUUUUACUCGCUGGCUGUGUAUUGAUGUUUGUGUUUAAUCGUGUUAGGGUUUGUAUUUCGUUGCUCGCGCGUCUGGCUUUGGCCGUCUGCGGGCGGCUUGCAGUGAUGCUGGUGAAUGCAUAUGUGUACGCCGUUGUGUUGUUAUGAUAUUAAUUGUAGUAGGGCGACGAGAGUGGUCACUGGUUAGUUGGUGUCUAUUGGCCGUGUAGUUGAUGGCAUUAUUGAUCUGUUGUAUGUUGUGCUGAGCUAAGGAUAUGCCCGUGGUAAAACUGUCUUGCUCUUUUGUGCUCCACCACUAAUUGUCUUUGCGUUCGUGGCCAUCGUCGUGCGAACAAGGAAUAGCAGCAGUUCGUCCGUCUACGUUUUGUCGAUCGGCGUAAGACAUCGCAACGCGGUGCGAUAUGGCUGAAUUUACCCACGUUGGCAAAAUUUGCUCCGUCCUCAGCUGUAGUACCUUGGAAUAAACUUCCACUUGAACGGUCGAUCAUCUUAUCCUCCUGAUCAUCAUCAGCAACUGCCGACGGGUACACAUGGUUCCGAGGUUCGCGGUUACGGACACCACCCGUUAGCUUGCUCCAAGCUGAUCUGUUUGAAUGGUUUCCAUCAGCUGCAUCAGCAAAAUUCAGCAUCAUGCCUCCGUCGUCGGGUGAACUAUACGAUUUUCGAUGCAUGCCACAAGAAAUUACCGUGGAUUGCCUCUUGCCAACUGGAAUCAUAGUACCACUGGGAUGUAUUCGUGAAGCGACGUUGGCUCAGGUGAAGACCAAUUUGUUCCUCGAGGCGCGCCAUUAUCCGCUAUUCGGCCUACUUAGGGAGCCAGAAAAUUACAGUUUUGUUUCUGUUCUACAGUCAUCCGAUCUAAUCGAAUUUGUCGAUGAAAAUCGACGGUUAUGUGAUCUUCGCUUGUUUAAGCCUCUGCUUAAACUAGCCGAGUCCAGUGAAAAUCCCGAAGAGAGAAAGACUGAGGCAGCCAUUAACCAGGCGGUCGGUGGAUGUGUACAUGACUUUAUGCACGACCAGGAUGAAGAAGUUGUCCAUUUUCGCAAACAGAUUAUGCAGGAGUGUGCUGACGUUGUCAGUAGAAGAGAUCGAGGGACCGUGGAUGACCGGUUGGCCUACAUCUAUCCACCGGAUAUUGAGAUGGUCACUGAGCUGCCAGCAAAUAUUAAAGCUCGUCUAAAAUAUGAUGGAAGCUUUGACGUGAAAAUGUGGGUGAUUUAUAAAAACGAUGAGUACACGUCAUCCCAUCUAACGCUAUUUCCAAAUUCGAAAUCCAACGAUCUGUCGGAAAUGGCAGUGGAGCAUUUAGGUCACCUCAUGAAUUCAAACGAGCCCCAUGUCGUGAAGGUGUGCGGCCAAAAGCAAUACCUUUGCGGACCAUACGAGCUCGGACAGUACAAGUACAUACGUGAGUGCCUUGCUAAAGGGCAACUACCUCAGCUGAUGCUCAUUCCGAGAUCGAAAGUGUAUGAGGAGGUUCCACCAACGGGCUUUCGGUUGCCGAGCUAUGCCCGCCGCAAGACAGGUGCCGAUCUUGUCUCGCGUCAAAUGCUCUAUCACAUAAACGACCAUUUUAAGGUAAAGAUCAUGUCGGCGUAUUAUUUAAAUGUUACAAAUGUUGACAAAGUGUUUGUUCGCGCUGGCAUCUAUCACGGUACGGAACAAUUGUGCCAAGAACAGGACUCCAAGAAGGUUGAUAACAGUUGUCCGGAGUGGAAGGAGACACUCAAGUUUAAUCUAUUUGUGCCUGAUAUACCCCGGAGUGCUCGGUUAUGCAUUUCGGUCUGUGCAGUCUUAAAGAAAAGUCGAGAAAGUGUUCAAAUUGCAUGGGGCAAUGUGCCCUUAUUUGAUUUUCGAAGUGUAUUGGUGAGCGGGAAGAUGAAGUUGCCGCUGUGGCCAGUGCCAAAAGGCCUCACGGAGCUGCUGAAUCCGCUAGGUACAACCCAACGUAACAGGAAGGCUGAGUGUGCGGGCCUCAUGAUUGAGUUCGACAAGUAUUCACCGAAUGUUCGCUACCCAACCUUCGAUGAAGUUUGCUCUAACGGACAGCGGUUCCUUGAUGUCAAGGACUCAGAAAAUCCCAAUUUUGAAACGAAGGAGCUUCUGCAUGAGCUCAUUAAAAAAGACCCACUGUUUGAAAUUACAGAACAGGAUAAGAUGCUAAUAUGGACUUAUCGGUAUUAUUUGAAGAAGCAUUUGCCUGACUCCUUACCAAAGGUCCUUGAUGCCGUUGAAUGGAACAAGCGAAAUCAGGUGAGCGAAAUGUACCGAUUGCUUAGAGGGUGGCCUCUGGUGUCACCAGAGAUUGCGCUUGAGCUACUCGAUUGCAAGUAUCCUGACGUCUUUGUCCGUGAUCAGGCGGUCCACUGGUUGCAUCAGAACCUGCCGAACAAACUGUUGGCGCAGUAUCUCCUGCAGCUUGUCCAGGUUUUGAAGUAUGAGCCUUACCUUGAUAACCCGUUGGGCAAGUUCCUCCUACGACGUGCACUACUCAACUAUAGCAUUGGGCACUACUUUUUCUGGCAUCUUAAGGCAGAGAUGCACGAUCAAUCGGUUGCAUUUAAGUUUGGCCUUUUGCUAGAGGCGUUCUGCCGUGGUAUGGGCUCACAUCUACGUCCCGUUGUUCAACAGGUCGGAGCAUUAGAAAAGUUAACACAAAUUACUGACGCUUUGAAAAGUGAUACCUGUCGUGACAAAAAAGCUUAUCUCGAUAAGCAGCUCGCCCAGGAAGACUACCUAGACGUUCUACAGAACUUCCCGUCGCCUCUAAACAACACAAAGCUGCUCGGCGACUUAGAGGUGCCUAGAUGCCGAGUCAUGGGCUCUGCUAAAAAACCCCUAUGGCUCAUUUGGCAAAACCCCGAGUUUUUGGGUGAUAACAGCUUCCUAAACUACCAUCAGCUCAUCUUUAAAAAUGGUGAUGAUCUACGGCAGGACAUGCUCACCUUGCAGGUAAUCCGAAUAAUGGAUUCGAUAUGGAAACAGGAAGGUCUUGAUAUGCGGAUGAUGCCCUAUGCAGUUUUAUCUACAGGUGAAAAUGUUGGCCUGAUUGAGGUCGUCAAAGACGCUCUCACGGUCAUGGACAUUCAACGCACGAGUCGACUGUCGAAGUUUCAAUUUGACUCGACGCGUCUCCAUCGGUGGAUCAAAGAAAAAAAUCCAGAUGAACGCAGUUAUUUAGCAGCGGUGGAGACUUUUACGCACAGUUGCGCUGGGUACUGUGUAGCCACGUUCAUUCUUGGCAUUGGCGAUCGAAAUCCGGAUAAUAUUAUGGUUAAUGAGGAAGGCCAAAUAUUUCAUAUCGAUUUUGGUCACUUCCUCGGUCAUUUCAAAAAGAAAUUUGGCAUCAAUCGUGAACGGGUCCCAUUCGUCUUAACAGAGGACUUUCUGUGUGUAAUAGCGCGUGGCGAGGAUCAGCCGCAUAAAACUCCUCACUUUACGGCCUUCCAGGAACUCUGCUACCGUGCCUACUCUAUACUUCACAAACACUCGCGUCUUCUAAUCACUCUAUUCACAAUGAUGCUUUCGACUGGAAUUCCCGAACUACAAAGCAUCGAAGACAUUACCUAUUUGCGAAAUACCUUGCAAGUUGACAGGGACGAAAGUGAAGCACUUCACUAUUUUCAAACGCAGCUCAGUGAUGCGUACGGUGGCGCUUGGUCCACCAAGCUUGACUGGUUCUUCCAUUCAGUCAAACACAUGUAAACCGCUAAGCUAUGAUUAUUAAGAAGUGGACGCUAAUUUGAGACAAUUUACAAGCAAGAAGGCUACAAAAAAAGCAAAUCAAAAAACGAACACAGGUACACGCAAUCAAUUUAGUCAAUCUCGUGGACUCAUUUAUCUAACUAACCAGCGGUCCCAUAGGUUAUUUUUAUGUUAUUGCUAUGUCACUGUCACGGCUGAUUUUGUCGACUGCGCAAAACAUGUCCUAGUGAAGACAUCUGGCAGCCGCAUAGAUCUUGAACUCCAUGAGGUGAAUUUUAUGUGACAAGAACGGGCUGGUGGAAUUUUGAAGUGUUGGUAUUUGACGGAUAUAUAUCAGAUAGAUAUUCAUAUACCAUGCAUUGCUUGAUCGUUUCACGAAUUCACCAAAGUAUGCGUACAAUUUCCGACGGAAAGGUCAUUUUACCGAUUUUUUUUCAGUGUCAACAAAAAAUGAGUACAUAACUAUUGAGGCUGAAGUCUAAGUAUGCUUUGAUUGAGUCACGUUAGCUACCUAGACGCAUCGUCAUUACUUUGAUGUUAAAGACACACAUUUUAAAAAAGUAGUGGGUUGAGCCUGACAGCAGCAACUGGGGAAAAAGUGUUUGAUUCUCUGCCAACGGGAAAACUGUGAUGAAAGUUACCCGUGUGUAUAUUCAGAUGCUGAUUUUACCUGAUGCCUGAAAUGUAGCUUAUUUAUAGAUUCUCUCAUAGAGGUGAACUUGUGUUGGCCGGAACAUGUUGAGGUAAUUGGUUAUGCGAUUAUAGCCGGAUUGAGCCAAAACCAAACAGAAUUCAGCUCAAUUCUGGCGCUGGCCAUUCGGAGUGACAGCUCAGUUUCCAGACAUCAAAUUGUGAACUAAACUGCCCUUCAUGGCGUUGUACUUGCUCCGGAAGGUACAACCAGUCCAAUGAAGAAUCUUUUUUUCAGUUCUUGCGACUCAGUUUCUCUCAGUUUCGUCUCAAUUGCAAAAACGGUGAAGGUUAUUGACAAGCAAACACGCAUUUAUCGUUGUCAAUACCUUUGGCGCAUUCCUGAAGCUUAAAUUCUGACGAACCUGUAUUUUUCAUCAUGAUUCAAUAUGGUGCUACGUUUUUUCUUAUUUGUAUUAACUGUAUUAAGAGAAGUAUUGCUUUCAAUGAGCAUUUUUGUUUUAGCUACUGGAAACAAAUACGGUCAAACCCAUUGGAAAUCAACACUAACAUGUAUAUAUACUUCUACCCUGAUAAUUUUCUAGAGAGUUGUCAACCCCUUCCCACGCAUUAACAGCAUAAAACACAUAAAAAGUCUUGUCUAAAGGAUGUACAUUCUCGUAUUAUGUGUUUAUUCUUCCUAACAUCGCAUCCAUUGCGGAAUCCAGCUUUUGUUGCUGCCUGUAUAAGGGAGUGGUAAGCCAUGUGGAAACUUUUUUUGCUUAACACCUCCGUACAGCAGCAGUAGCAAUCAAUACAGGGGGGCAAUUACUGAAUAUUUAACUUCGCAAUCCCGCGAGUAAUAUCACUGCAAUAUGAAGUCCUUAAGAUGAAGAUAUGCAAUGAAAGCCAGAUGCGGCACUCGAAAAAAUUGAAAUCGGUCAACGUGUUAAGUCCCUGUGAGUUAAUGAUAAUUGCAGAAAAAAAGUUAAUGUUUAGAAAAAGGUAUCAAAAAAAUCGACUUCUCGAUUUGUUCAAGGAAAAAGCACGUGCUAGUUUUUUCUUUCUCGAAAAAAAGCUUUCGUAUCUACCAGUGACUGGUGACAAGCCUGGAAUAACGGAAACAUCGAAACUAUCGCUUAACCGUAUUGAAUAUAUUCAAAAUCCACAUGUUCGCAUACGUUCGGUUUAAUUUAUGUUGCCCAUUCAAAACGAUAACAGAUCCGCGCGGGUAUUUCACUGGUAUAGUUUAAUAUGAAGUUUAUGUACACACUAACGGUUAAGCAGAAUUGAAGUCGGGGCGAAUGUUUGGUGGCAUCAUAAUAUGUUCUUGGUCCGUACGCCCGUGCUGUGAUAAAACCAUAGUCGUCGCUGUUCUGUGAUGCUGGGCGAGGUUGGCAUAUUUAUGUGAAUUAUUCUUCUUCACCUCUUACUAGGAUUGCUAGUAAUGUUAAUUUCAAUGAAAAUUGAAGAAAGGCAGGAUGGUUUAUUAUUUGUUUAUGUAAUUGCACUAGCAAUAGUCGUCAUUAUCAGGUCGAUUGUCAUUAUUUAUGUAAUCACCGUUGUUUUGUGGAUUAAAAAUAGCCAUUACUUUAGUAACAAUGUUGCAUGCUAUAGUUGCAGUUUACCUUUGUUGAUAAUGUCGACAAGUAAACAACUUAUAUAUUAAACAAAAAUUAGUCCUACAGACAUAUAGAAUGUUAGGUAGAAACUUAGUCUCAUUUAGACAUUUGAUAGAUAUUGACGUUAAAUUGGUGAACAUUUGUCAGGAUGUUGUUGUUAACAAAUGGACGAGGCUAGCGUUCUUGCUGUUGUCGGAUUGUCCUCAAUGGACGUUCGAGUUGAAUAAGAAAUAAGUAAUGUUUAAAAAGCGCGAACUUCAGUUAGUUGGAGGUUGCAGCUGCCGUUGAUGCAAAAUAAAAUUAAUCUGUUAUACACAUACAAAAUAAUAAUAAAAACAGAAGUUUUUUUUAGAUUUAAGUAACUAUUGUAACUAAGUGAUGUAGAAGCGCUAUAGGAAAAUUUACGAAGGGAACACCUGCAUUUUUUUGCCUUGCCUCUGAGUAGUAACUCUCUGAUAUCUGAAUCGUAGGCGGAGAACAUCUUGGUCAUCUCAGAAAUGUCCUAACCUAAUAACCGUAUCUGAUUAACUCUUAUCGUCGCAUGUUAACACAGCAGGUUGCGACAUUAUCUUUUUGUAAACAUUUCAUACUGCACUAAAACGUUCGAAAUAUCGAACGGGGUGAACGACAUAUAAAAUGCUUUUUGAAGUCGCUGUGCCGUCGCUGUUACUCAGUUACAAAAGUAAAAAAUUUUCUUGUUUUCGGUCCCAUAUAAUUAAUUAAAUCACCAGUUCAAAUACCUACCUGUUCAGACCUGUUUAGGUCAUUGAGGGAGCACCUCCUUCUCAAUGUACGACAGUCAUUCUAUGUUGACAUCAACUGUUGCCGGUAAGAAAAUGUAAUAAUAAUAAUUAUAUAUAAAUUAUGAUAUGAACGCGAAACUGACUGAUAGCUGGUUAGAUGUACGAGUUGUAAGCAUGAUGUAACUGGAGGUAAUGAAGUUCAGAAUUUGUCCUUUGCCGCUUAUUCCUCUAACUCCUGUAAUGUGUGCCGCAAACCUAAUAACAAAAAAAUAGUGUUAAUCAUAAUUUUACUUGAAAAGAGUAACCGCAUCAAUAAGUACGUACAUAUAGUGCACGCAUAUGACGGAUAGUCAAAAGUGACAUCAAAUAGCGAAAUUUGUGAGGAGUUGCUUAAGAGUUCAGCCAAUUGCGAUACAGAAGAUGAAAAGCAAAGACAUAAAUAAAAGUAUUUUGUGAAUAAACCACGAUCGUGAAAUAAAACAAAAAUUAUUUAUUUAUCUAUUUACCAGAGAUAUCAGGUGUUUUUCUUCCACGUAUGAAAUUGUGGAGAAAACUGAGUUUCGAAGGAAGGAGCAUACGUUUUUUACCGUAACAGCAUUUAAUACUUUUAAGCGGAGCUGCCAAACAUUUAUGCUACACAUGCGAAAACGUGGGGAUAGGCAACUAGUGAGAUAAAAAGUCUAUCUUAGAUUGCUUUUAACGUAUCGUAAGUACGUUUACUAAUGUGCAGUUUUUAAGAUAUCCCGGUAAUAAAC